CACCAUGGCCACAACGUGGAUUGAAAGGACUAACCGAUAUUCAAAUGAAUUAUAUUUCCCUUGGGCAGAAUUAAGUAAUGGAACAAGCUUGAAGUUCUUGAAUUUAGCUGGCAAUGAAAUUGAAUCCCUUAAAUCGUUCCAAGGUGGUGGUAAAGAGUUACAGAAGCUGAGCAAUUUGGAAUAUCUUGAUUUGAGCUAUAAUCGCCUGGAUAACAAUAGUCUAUCAUCUCUCAGGAGACUUUCAUCUCUCAAGUUUUUGAAUAUGGAAUACAAUCUCUUAGAAGGAUUAAUAAAUAUGGAAGAAUUGGAUGCUUUGGGCAACUUAGAGGUACUAAGCCUAGGAGGAAAUCAAAUUACUAAAGUUGUGGCCUCAAGAGAUAUGAGAGUCGUCAGGAAUUUGAGUGCUCUUUUCCUUGAAAACAUUACUACCCAUGGAAGAAACAGCAUUCAGCUGGAAUUACUGGGAGCAUACCCAUUUCUCAAGACCCUUUCUCUAACACAUAAUAGCUUCAAAGGAGCAAUAUUUGCUCAAGGCAGGUUUUUGAGAUAAUAGCUUCCAGUUAUU